CCCCCCCCCAUGUUAUUCAAAUUUUUUCAACUAAAGUCUCGAUCUACGAGUGAACUCUCGGUGAAGAACGACAAUAACUUAAGACUUUGGACCAAAGGCUCUGGUUUCCGGUUUGCUUUGUCUGGUUUUUUGAAUUUGCCUGGAUCAGGUUCUUGUACGCUUAGGGUGAAAAAUUGAAAAUGUUGUGUUCGCGGAAACCGAAGGCUCGCUAAGGAAAAACCUGUUGUUGGAUUUUGAGCUUCUUAAAUCAAGCUGGAGAUACCUUGUCUUGACGCCUACUUGCUAAAUAAAUUUGAAAUUCUGAAGAAGAGAUGACAAAACAUCGCUUCAGGGAUUCUAUAAAGACUUUCUUUGGGAAUCACAUUGAUUCAGAGAAUAAUCAACAACUGAAAGAAGCUAAAACAGAAAUUGAGGACAAUGUGGAAAAGGUCUUGAAGCUGAUCAAAGACACAGAUCCUGAAGGAGAUGGUAUCCCAGAGACCUCCAAAAAGGAAGCAGCUGCUCAACUAAUUAAGGAUUUCCACAAACAUUACCAGUCUCUCUAUGCAAGAUAUGAUCAUUUAACAGGAGAGCUCAGGAAAAAAAUUCAUGGCAAACAAGGAAAAGAGAGUGAUUCUUCAUCCAGCUCAGACUCGGAUUCGGACUACUCUCCAAAGGACAAAGGUAGUCAGAACGGACAAUUGGAAAGUGAAUUUCAGAAAACUAGUGAUGGCGUUGGGAAAGAACUUCAAAUGGCGCAUCUAGAAGUUGCUGAUCUGAAGAGGAAGUUGACAACUAUGGGUGAAGAAAAGGAAGCUUUAAAUGUGGAAUACCAUGCAGCUUUGAGCAAGAUACAAGCGGCAGACAAAAUCGUUGCCGAUAUGAAGACUGAAGGUGAAAGGUUGGACUUUGAAAAUACAAAACUUUUGACUGAGAAUAGUGAACUGAAUAAAAAACUGGAGACUGCUGGCAAGAUAGAAGCAGAACUGAGCAAGGAGAGAGAGAAUUUGAUCAUGGAGAAGGAGGCUGUCGUCAGAAGGAUUGAAGAGGGAGGGAAGAUUACAAAAGGCUUAAGAACUAUGGUUGAUCAGCUCAAAGAUGAAAAGGUAAACGUUGAGCAAGAGCUAGAAGCUGUGAGACGGGAAGUUGUCAAUAUAAAGCAGCAGCUGGAAUCUGCAGAGCAGCAAGUGUCAGAUUUAGGCCACAAUCUGAAAGCUUCCGAGGAAGAGAAUAAAUCUCUCAUCUUGAAAAUUUCAGAAGUCUCAAAUGAGAUUCAGCAGACACAGAACACAAUACAAGAACUCCCAGGUGAGUCAAGUCAGUUAGAGGAGAAACUAUGUGAGAGGGAAACAGAACUUUCAACUCUCAAGGAUAUGAGCGAGGCACAUGAGUAUGAAUCAUCAACUCAGCUAAAGGGAUUGCUGGGUCAAAUUACAGGCCUGGAACAGGAGCUGGCAUUGCUGCAAAACCAGAAAAGAGAUAUGGAAACACAGUUAGAGAGUAAAGCAGUUGAAGUGAAACAACUGGGAGAACAUAAUAUACAACUGCAAGCCCAAAUUUCAGAAAUGGAAAUGAGUGAGAGAGAAGAUGAAAUUGCAGAUAGAAAACCUGAAAAUUCAGAAUACAUAAUCCAGAUAGAAAAUCUGAAAGAGGAGCAUGAACAGCUCGAAGGUAAGCUUCAGGAAUGCAAGUUAAAUCUCAAAGUUGCAGAGAAGAAGAUUGAAGAAACAGCAGAUGAGUUCCGCUUGAAAAUUGAAUCCAAAGAUGAGGUGAUAGCUGAUCUGGAACAACUGGCCGAAGACCUGAGAAGAGAUCUAGAGUUAAAAGGAGACGAACAUAGUUCUUUGGUUGAGAAUGUCCGCACAAUUGAAGUUAUGCACCGCCUCUCAAACCAGAAGCUCCGUGUCACUGAACAAUUACUAAUUGAGAGAGAAGAAGCUUUCAGAAUUACAGAACUGAGAUUCCAGCAAGAACAGAGAGCACUUGAAGAAAGAAUUGAGACAUUAUCAGGAAUCAUUGCUAGCAACAAUGAAGCCCAUCAAAGAAUGAUUACAGAAAUCUCGGAGAUUGUGAACAGUACCACGACAGGGCUGGAAACAGUGAUCCAGAAGUUUGAAGAGGACUACAAAAAUUAUGAGAAUUGUAUGUUGGAAAUUUCAAAUGAGCUUCACAUUGCAAAGAACUGGGUUGCAGAGACAAAUAUGGAGAAAGAGCAGCUAAAGAAGGAGGUACAUAAUCUAGUGGAGCAGCUGCAAGAUAUUAAAGACAAGGAAGCGACAAUGAGAGAGAGGGUUGGGAAGCUAGAGGUGAAGGCAAGCAAGGAAGAAGCAGAGAAAGAGAAUCUGAGUAAAGCAGUAAACCAACUCCAGAAGACGGUAGCAGAGUUGGAAAACACAAUAAAAGAAAAGGACGAUGGUAUGUUGGGAAUUGGGGAGGAGAAAAGGGAGGCCAUAAGGCAGCUGUGCGUGUGGAUUGAUUAUCACCGCAGUAGACAGGAUUAUCUCAAGGAAAUGCUCUCAAAGGUGACUGUUAGAGGGCAGGGGGCAAGCUAAAGUGCCCGAUCAUUUCGCAUAUAAGUGUGUCCUUAUGCUUUUGCUCCGUAAUUGUUUUUAUUGGUUCUUUUUUUCUUCUUCCUUUUCUAUUUUCCGGGGAGGCAGGCAAUUUGGUGGAUAAUCAUUUACGGUGAUGCCAACUUAGCCUACCCUGAUAAUUAAUCCAAAAUGUAUCUACCAUUAUCUAGCUAUAUCUUGAAAUGAUGAAACGUCGGCUUUGAUUCAA